AUGCCUGCCAAUAUCUGCAGGAAGAGGACAUUCGGAAUCUUUUCCGGAUGUUGGGAAAUUGCAAAACUCCUUCCCGAGUUGCAGAUCAAACCUACAGUCCAGUUGUACAAUGCGGUCACGGAAGGUCUCGUCCAACGCGGGAACCCGCUACCGGUUGUCGAAUGGCUCACCAGAACGUUACCGACUCUACCAGGAAAGAACGCCCCCCGCGUUGAAGACCUCAACUACUGCUUGCAGAGGCUAUCGUUUCCUUCCUACCAGUCGAUACAACUCGCCGUGUCCCGGCUUUGCUCCCCAGGAAUGUGCCAACCGAAUGCAGAGUCACUUCGAAUCGCCCUCCGACGCACUUGGGAUCUUUGCGAGGACAGUGACCCGACUACAACAUUCGCCACCUUUCGCAAGCUCCUCAACGCCUUUCGGUACUAUCGGAUCGGUUGGGAACAGGAAACAUCGUCCCUCUUGUUUCAGCUUUUCGCGAGUGCUGGCGAGGAAAACAUAGGCUACCAGGUACAACAAAUCUACGACCAAACCCAUGCCUCAAACUCGACCCAGUCUCAAACGCUACCAGAUUGGUUGGCACAGCUGAAGGAAUUCAGAGCAAACCACGACAUCCCAUCCUCCCUGGAUUUCAUCCGUUCCCGAAACGAUGUCAACUACGGGAAUUCCAGAGACGCUGGUUAUGUCAUCUUGGGGGACACCCGUUCCUUAUCCGACCUGAAGCUCGUCGAUGAAGUGUUGGGUAGUCGAUGGAGGACCUCCCGUUGGUGCAAGGUCGUCCGAAACCACAUUUUGAAAGGCGAUGUCAAAGGCGCUCUAUCCAUUUACCACGCUGCUCGCAUUUCAGAUGUCCCCAUCAUUGCGGCACUAGUGGAUCCCAUCCUGCGAGCCUUGUCUUGCGUCACUCACGUGGUACCAGACGAAGAAAUCGAUAUUGCGCUUGACAUCUACAACCACUUGGUGGAGGUCCACUCGCGCAACGAACAUGACUCCAGCAACCGUGUUCUCGACCAAUCCAUUGUGAACAGUAUCUUUCGGAUACUAUCCAAGUGUAAGGACCCCGAGAAGUAUCAAACCGUCAUCGAUCGACUUCUGCAAGACAUGGGAAACUACAAUGUCACCAUCUCUUCGGAGAUCGCGCAAGCCCUGAUCCUCAUCCGCAUGAAGGGGUCUUCUACAAUCGACGAAGCAAUGGACGCAUACCGUUCUGGAAGAAAGCGCCUCACGACUUCAGCAGAUUACACCGCCAUCCUCCGACAGUUUGCACAACUUCCAUUUGGCCUCAGCUCCAUCAGAGAGUAUUUUAACAUCGUCAAGGAUAUGCGACGUUCCGGGAUGCGCGUCACACAGACCGUUUACUGCAUUGUCCUAACCCGUAUCGGUUUGGCCGCGACGGACGCAAGAUUUAACGGAAAGCUUAACCACGAGCUCCGUGAACUGUUAUUGAACGCCACCCGCCGCGUCCAUGAUAACCUUACCCUCGAUCCCAGCAUCUCCCCCACGCCGGCAGUGUUUGCACAGCUAAUCAAUACUUACCAGCGACUAGGUUGCUUGGGUGACGCGUAUCGCGUUUGGGAACUCAUGUAUCUCACCGGGACAUACAACGUCCGCUCCAUCAGCAACAUCCUCGACGGAUGUGGAUGGGCAGGCGACGAGUUUACCGCCAGGGCUGUCUGGGGCAGGUUGGCGAAAGACCACUACAAGUUUGACCGAAAGCACUGGGAGACAUAUAUCGAAUGUCUUUGCAGGUGCAAGCGGAUCGCUAAUGCAGUCAAGGUACUUCAAGAGAUGGAGGCAACAGGGCACGACCAAACCGAAGCUCUCCACAUAUUGCUGAAGUUCGCUCGGAAGGAGAGCGUCGAAGAGGCCGUUAUCAAGACCAUUCGCACACAGAAUCCUGCAUUGUAUGAUAGAUAUCAAAGUCGGUACAAUUCCACACCGUGA